UUUUUUUUAUAAUAAUCGCUUGUUACUUAACUCUUUAUUGAUAUAAUGUAAUCAUUUCAUUCAAUUAUUCUGUAUGGUGCCACAUUAUAUACCGAUAUGUAUGGUGCCAUAUUAUAUACCAAUAUUAUACAUAGUGGGUAAUCAAAUAAUUACUAUAUUAAGGUCAAAGACUAAAUCACUAAAUUAAUAGAAAAAAGAUUAAGUUUAUCAACGAUGAUAAAAUAAAAAAAAAAUUUUAACACAAAUUAAAAUUAAGUACAGACAAAUUAGUAUUUUUUAAAUAUGUUGAUAAGGAAAACCAAUAAAAUUGCUGGCUCGUGGGUUCAUCAGGAAUUGCUGUAGUAGUAUAGCAUCACCCACAGCACUCUCGCUAAUCGUCAUUCAAAACCAGUUCGACCACUACAGUGGCAGUUCACAGACAAUAGUCUCUAGUCUCUAACAUUCUUUUCUCGUGCAUUCAAUUGUAUAUUCGUAAACAUGUCCAAUCCACGUGUAGCCAUAAAGAAGGUACUCAUCAGCGAUGCUUGCGAUUCUGCUUGUGCAGAAUUACUCGAAAAGAAUGGCAUUGAAGUUCAGUCAAAGUACAAAUUACCAAACGAUGCUCUCAUUGAAGAAUUAAAGGUAUUUUUGUAAAUAUUUUAUUAUUUAAGAUUAUAAUAAGCUGUGUUAUUAUAAUAUUACGUACAAGUAAUUUUUUUAAAUUUUAUAUAAAUAUAAAUGCAUAAUCAUUAUUAUUAUAGGCUACUGGUAGAGUGCCUGUCAACAAUUUUGUUCAAGGUUUCCCAAAAUGUAGGUACCUACCAACUUAUAAUAGUCCAAUAAGAAAAUAUCAUUCCCCAAAAUCAAUAGUAUAUUAUAUUCCAUUCUAAUAUUAAUUGUAUGCAUUAUUAAAUAUAGGUGUGUAAAUUAUAGAAGCAAAUUAAUAUAUGUACAUAUUGGAGGCGUAUUUAUUUGGGGGCUAAAGGGACUGUGCCCCCUCCCGAAAAUGUAUGUGGGGAUUAGCUAGUGGUUUAAAGAGGACGCCACACCGACAUCUACUGUCUCCGUCUUACAAACGCGGGACAUGGUAAAUUUGUGUUCAGCGGGACACAUUUUGUGCGGUUAGUUUUAAUAUUAUAGCAAAUUACCUAUUACCAAAAUUAAGGGUAAGACGUUUUAAUAAGAUGUGCUCUAGCGUUGAUGAUCAUUCGAUAUUUUUAUGUUUAUUUGAUACACGAGUACGUUAAAUAUCACAACAUAAAAAUGAUUAUGUUUUGCAUUAAAAAUUUAAAUAUCGAAAAAACCUCAACGCCAGGUUUGGUUAGGUUAUCAAAGUUUGGUAAUAUGUUAAUUUGCUUUAAUAUUGAAACUAACUGCACAAAAUGUGUCAUACUAAAUGCAAAUUUGCUAUGUCUCGCGUUUGUAAGACGAAAACAGUAGAUGUCCGAUAUGGCGUCUUCUUAAAUAAAAGAAGUAGGUAGUCUGUAUUUUGGGGAUCCUAGGUCAAUUGGUUCCUCCGAAAAUUGAUCAACACGAAAAAACGUCAUAUGCGGACAAUCGGUCCCGGGAAAUUUAUUUCCUGUGACAUUAAAUAUAUUCACGUUAUGUUAUUACUUUCAAUAAAUGUAAAGUAUUAAUAUAAUAAUCAGAAAAAUAUUAUUUGUAAAUAAUACGGUUAAAAAUAAUUAAUGUUUAAUAAUUUAAUAUUGAAACAGACUACACAAAUAAUUUUAAAGUUCAUUGUUUGAAAAAUUAAUAUUAAAAGUAUUACAAAAAUUUUCUUUUUUCCUUAAAGGUUUUAUAAAAUUAUUUAAAAAUAAAUUUUCAUUAUUUUUAGUCAAAGAUAUCAUUUUUGUUGAAUUAAUUAUUUGUAUAGAUUCAAUAAACACACAUAAAUACUAGGAUGUUUAAUCUGGACAAUAAUAUUGUCAACAUAUUUAUAUAAUGUAGAUAUUAACAUUUAAACCGCCAUUAAUUAUUUAAGUUAUACGUAAUAGUAAUAUAAAUUUAAAUAUUUUGAUGUAAACAAACAAAUAAAAAAAAAAAUAUUAUGUUGUAAUUUAUUGCUGAAUGAUUCCAUAAAAUUAUGACAGGGACCGAUUGUCCGCUUAUAACAUUUUUUUUGGUGGGGGACCAAUUAACCGUUUCCCGUAUUCUGGACCUUAUAAUGGUAUUAAUGAAAAUAGUUCAGGAGUUCUCUCACAAAAAAAAAAUGUCUGGUUAGAUACGUGUCCAUAAGGUGUGAAGAAAAUUAUAAAUUUUUACCUAUACCUUUUAAAAAAAUAGUUUAUAAACUAUUUUAUACCUAUCUAUCCUACCUACCUAUCUAUCAAUAAUAUGUAAAUAAAUUCGAAUAACAUACAAAUUAUUUAUAUUAUACCUAGACAGGAUUAUAUGAUGGAUUGGUUGUUCGGUCUGAUACUAAAGUAACUAAAGCGGUAAUAGAAGCUGGAGCUCAAUAUGGGUUAAAAGUUAUUGGAAGAGCUGGAACAGGAGUAGACAAUAUUGAUAUAGUUGCUGCGACAAAUGCAGGGAUACUAGUUCUUAAGUAAGUUCAUAUUUCUAUUUAUUUUAACAUUAGUUAUUUUAGAAGACAAUUAUACAUUUUUCAUUAUUACCAUUAAUUUAUAUUUACUAUUCAGUUCAUGGGUGAUAUUAUAAAUAUAUAUAAAUUGAUAUUGAAAAAAAUCAUAGGUAUAGUUAAGUACUUACAAUUAAUUGAUUUUAACCUUAUCUUAAGUACCCCCGGGUAUUUAUAUAUGUAUAGCAAAGAAAAAAAAAGAUGAAAAUCGUUUAACAUAUUUUAUUUAAAAAAAUAUAAUUCCUCAUAAUAAUUAUACACAUUCUAUAGGUAAGUAACUAAGUAAUAAAUAUUUCUGUUUUACAACUAUAAUCUGCUUUAUAAAAGUUUUUUUUAAAAGUGUUCUAAACAUCCAAUGCCAAAUAAUCUAAUAGAUUUUUUUUUUUUGCCUUUAUUGUAUUAUUAACUGAUGAUUAUUUAAGUCAAAACUUAUUGUAAAUACUUGCUAACUACCUAUAUAGAGCAUAAUUCGGGCUAAGUUUUGUAUUCAAUUUUUUAAUUUUAUUUUUGUUUUAUACAUAUGUAUAUAUGCAAAAAAUAACCAAGUAUAAAAAAAAAUUAUAUAAUGCAUUAUUUCAUCGUAAUAUGUGUACAAAAAAAGUGUUAGUGAUAUCAUAAAUAAUUUAGGAACCACUUAAUACACAAUCCUCGAUUGAAAUUAAAAUUGAAUGAAAUUUGAAUCUAAAUUUUGAAUAUAAAACAAAUAUUUUAGUCACUAUUUACUAUAUUAUGCUAUGAAUAUAGCCGUCUAGGAGGUGCGAUAGGCGCACAUGCAUUGUGCCUAAUGACCUCGGGGGUGCCAAACAAGGAUCAGAGGUUAAAAUUUCAAGUUGUGUUAUUGAAUAUUUUUAUAAUAAAUGCCGACGGACAGGUUUAUCAUUAAAUAUUAACGAUUAAGAUCACUAUUUUUUUUGAACAUACUUUUGGCUCCGGGUGCUUGAUUUUGCUGGGCAGGGCACUGUGAAUAAAUAAUAUAUGAAUGUAUGUACUUUUGUAAUUGAAUUAAUUCAAAAUUAUGUAUUAUAAAUAUGUGUUAUGACAGUAUAAGGUUUUUUUAAGCUCCCAAAAAAAAUGUAUUUGAUUUCAUUUUAUUACGAGUUACAACUUUAAAAGUUUAAAAUAACGAAACCCGGUAAUAUUAUUAUCAAAACUUCGUUUUGGUUGUAAUCACCAAUACCGUUGUCAGAUGAGCACGCGAGAAACGUAAAAAUAGUUUAAGUACAAUAAUAUUGCAUGACGCACAGGUACACUCAUGGAAAAAAGUUUAAACGCCUUUUCACAUCUAUUUUUCUUGGAUGUUGCUAAUACCAUAGAAUAGGACCAAUUUAGUGUUACUUACGUCUCGCAUAUUUAUAACUUUAAACAUUUUUGCCGAUUACAAAAAACACUUGAACAUUAAUCUAGUAAAUUAUAUUCAUUAUAUAGAUAUCACAAAUGACAGAUCCACAGACCCAAGGCGAUAACAAUCGUAGACAUUAGGCUUGUACAAAUCUAUGGCAGGGAUGCACUAAGAUCUUAGUCCCUAGUCGGUAGUCCGUGGAUAUAUUGGGCCCAGUUCCCUUAUUAAAUAUUUCUGUUGUUAAUAAAAUUAAAAUGGCUUGAUGUUGCCAGCUGGUGUGGCCAGAAUCCGUCAUUUAAUUUUUUCGGGAGCGGCGUUUAUCUAAAUGUACUAUAAAGUUAAAAUAUGGUCUUGUGGCCAUAUUGAACAAUUUUUGGACGUCCAUUUUAAUUUCGUCUCGAAAAAAAAGAAAGUGUGAUAACAGUCUCAUUGGACUAAGGCAGAUUGGGCGGUUUUUCGCCAACUGGUCGUUAUCACUUCUCAAACUGUCAAAUGGCUAGAAAAUGUUUUAACUUGCGGCGGUAUGCCAAAACCGGGCGGCGAACAAAAUAUAAUUGCGUGAUAAUUGGCUCAAUUAAGAUUAAUGUAUAUUAUUACGUUUCAUUAACACUAAUUAAUUACUAACAAAAAAAAAUUGUUCGGGCGAUUUUUUCCCGGUUUUGACGAUAUUAGCGUCUGUAGUGAAGUGACGGUUUUGGCCGUUGCCGUAUCGCUCUAUGCGGUGAAAUUUAUUAUCAAUCUGGCAACCCUCCCAACACUUAUUGUCCGUUUUAAUAAAAAGUGUACACUUUAUUUUACAUAGAAUUUAGUGCAGAUUCGACACCUCUACAUUUGAUGGUGUGACUGAUGUGAUUAUGUGAUUAAUAUAUUCCUUAUCAAAAAUGUAGUGAAAAGUGCAAAUUCUAUGUAAAAAAGUUUACAGACAGUCUGCGUCAUAAUAUAUUAUAUUAAAAAAUGACAAAAAGUGAAUUUCGAGAAAAUAGUCCCUAGUUUGCGUUACCCAAAUACUAUAACAGUAUUAAGUAUUAAUCGAAUUUAGGCUAUAAAUUACAAUCUCUGGGGUACCAAUAAAUUUUGACCAUUUUUUUUUUUUACAGUUGUCUCGUAAUGCCAUUUAUAGUGUUUUGCUAAAUAGCUUUCUAAAGGUCGAUGUAAUAAAUUAAAAUCAAGUCUGGGCAUUAAAUUAAAAUACUAAAAAAAUUAAUUUGUAUCUGUAAGCAACGAUAAAAGGUCUGUCUAAUUUGCUGAACCACUGACUACUUAAGCGCUACGGAUGAUUUUAUUUGGCGUCAUAAAAUAAACCGUGAUAAUAUUAUUUUAUUUAUUAUUAUUUAUAUUGUUUACUGUCAAAAUAAUAUUGAAAUUCACACGACUAUUUCAAUCUUAUGUGUAUUUAUCAUUAAAAUAUUUUUUUUAAUAAAUUUGAAUAAUGAAUAUGCGUAAGUGUAUAUGUAGAUGGUUUUACGUUUUAAUUAAGAGUACAAAUUUAGUCAACAGAAAUAUUGUUAAUUAAAGGUUUGCAUUGCGACCAUAGAGUAAUGAUAAUGAUACUCUAUGAUACCUGUCGCAGAAAUAUAGCCUGCCUAUAAAAAAAAAAUUAUACCUAAAAACAUUAGCCAAAAAUGAUGACAUUUUGUAUCCGUGAUGAGUUCUACCGUAUUUAAAUAGUCAGUAUAUUUCCUUUGAAAAUUUCAAUCGUUAUAAGUUAUAACCCUGUUCAGUAUUUAGUUGACUUGCGGCGACAGUUAAGCAAAUCUGCUGAUCUGCUCUAAAAUCCGUAAAACUUUACCAGAAAUUAUGAACUAACAGGCUAGAUAGAACUCAUCACAUAUAUACAAUUUCAUAAUUUCUGGUAAGUUUUACGGAUUUUAGAGCAGACCAGCAGAUUUGCUGAACUGCCGCCGCAAGUCAACUAAAUACCAAACUGGGUUAUAACGAGUGCAAUUUUCAACCAACGAACUAAUGAAAGUGAUGCUUUGUCAACAAUAUUAUGUCAUAUUUUGGUAAAAUAAUUAAAUAAGCAUUAUGUAUUUUUUAAUAUUAUUUGUUUAAUAUAGUUCUGAUUUUCCCGUUUUUCCUAUGUUAUUUCAUGGUUUUUCACAUUUGCUGGGAAAACUGGGAAAAAAUCGAAAAAUGACCCCUUAAAGUAUCUCCCCAGUCAGAUUUACUUUUAAAAAAAAGUGCUAUCAUUUUAAAUCUGAGCAAAAUCGCUGGUAGAAAAGUUAUCCUUAGAAAAUAAAAAUCGUAAUAUUUUUACCGUUUUAUUUUUUUCGGUUUUUCACAUUUGAUAAGAAAACUCCUGAGAAAAUCGAAAAAUUAUCUUCCUAAAGUACCACUCCAAGAAAAUUUCCUUUCAGAAAAGGGUCUAUAUUAUAUACAUCGGAGCAAGAUUUCUGGUAGAAUUUUUGUACACAAUAUAAAAAAAAAAUUAACAUCUUUAUAAAACCAAUAUAUUCGCUACAUUCAGAAUGUAAAAAAAAAAAACUAAAUAAUAUGUCUUUAUAAUUAAUUGUUUUUAUUUACCUACCUUAGUUUUAAUUAUGUUAUUGUCAUUAUUCAAUUAUACAAUACGUCAAUUACCUAUUAAAUUUUAAUAACAACGUAUCUAUACUUUAAAUUGUUUUCUGAGGUGGAAUCUUUCUGUUGGAUAGUGGUGUUAUAUUUUACAAACGAAGCAAAACACCAUAUGAUAUUUGACAUAAGAGAAACUAGUAUUAUCAAAUAUUUGUUGAUCUUUCAAGUACGACUAUUAUUUAUUUUUUCGACCUGAAUUUAAUUCCAUCAUUUAGGUAAAAAUUAACUAUCCCGAAAGUAUCUACAACAUUGGUUUACACAAAACAAUAUGAUACUGACAUGCUAUGGAUUUAAAAAAAAAUGUUCAUAUUUUGUGAAAUAUAUAUAACUAGUUAAGUUAAAAGUUACUAAUAAAUGGAACUUCUAACUAGUUAGUGCCCAGCUUUGAAUUUAAAAUAUAAAAUAUGGUAGUCAUUUAAAACAAUGGUUGGCAACGUGCAACCCUCAAGUUAUAAUAAAUAUUUUUAUUAACAUACUUGUUAACAAUUUGUCCAACUUUAGAGUUGGUUUUUUUAUCAAUUAAAAUGUCUUAAUUUCUUCUUAAUAUUUUAAUUAUUUACAUAUUUUAUACGUGAACAUUUUAUUAAAACUUAUCAGUUUCAUCAUUAUUUAUUUAUAACUUAAUUGUUUUAUUUAUCAAUGUUUAAUGUGUUGUACAUUUAUAAUAGUCUUUUGUUUUUUGUUUUUAUAAGUAAUUAAGUAAAAUGUUACAUGAUUUUGUUAUAGAUCUAUGAAUAUUGUAUAAUAUACUAACUACAGGGUGAUUUUUUUGAUACUAUUACUAUCUCAUUAAGUCUUAAUUUUUAUCUUUUAUUUUAUUAAAAUUAUUAUUUCUGGGAAAUUUAAAAUGUAAGCUUUUUUUCAUUCUUAUGUUUUUAUGGUGAGGAAAACCAUUCAUUAUCUAAUCAAUCAUCAUGAUCAUUGUCUUUCUUUGGCAUUCUUCAGAAGUUAUUUUACUAAUUAAUUAUUAUCUAAUAACAUAUACUAUUGAUACUGAAGCUAUAAAAUUGUAUUCAUAUUUAAAAGUAAAUAUAUCUUAUCUACAUACCAUGAUGUACAGAUUACAAGAAUUAUCAUAUCGCUAUAACUCACUAUUGCAUAAGCCUACAAAAAUUGUUUUACAGAGCUGAUAAUUAAACCAAAUAAUUAUAAAUGGCAUACCUAUUAUUGCAUUCUUAGUGCAUCAUUUAAAAGUUGUAUUCGAAUAAAAUUUUCCAGAAGAGAGGAUCGAAAUUUGUUAUAUAAUCUAAAAGUACAUUUAUAAUUUUUUUUACUUCAAAAUAUACGUAAAUAUUACCUUAAUAUUGUCAUUUUAAAAAUUUCAGUAGAUUUGGAAACAUCCUUUUUAGUCUUCAGAGUGAUACUGCUUUGCAUCACUUAUUUGAAAUUAUUUUCAAUAUUCAAAUCUUUAAAUAGUUAUAUUUCUAAAAUUAAUUAUUGGAUUCAAGUUGGUAAUAUAAACAAUAAAACACAUUUUAAAAAAUAGUAUAAGUGAUUGAUAUAUUAUUAUAUAUUAUAACCAUGAGUAAUGUAGUAUUUUAGAAUUUCAUUUAUCUAUCUUAAAUUUCUUGAAUAAAAUUGCAUUACUUGACUUAAUACUUUCCAAGAUAAAAAGUGUUUUCUUUGUUAGUAUUAAAAUAUUGUAUAUUAUUAUACUCAAUAGAUAUUUAUUAAUUAAUUUGAUGUAUUUUAAUUUUGGUUAAUCAAUUGAAAUUAAUAUUUUUAAAAAUUAUUUGUAAGACUUAAGAGUGUUAGAAAGCCACAAUAAGAAGAAUAAAGUUGUAAAUAUUGCUUGUAUAAUGUAUAUUAGUGAUCAAAGAUGCUACCCGUCAAUUAUUUAAUGUCAUACUUAGAGGUACUCAAUGUAAUAAUACAUUUUUACCCGACCAAUACGAUACAAUAUUUGUAUUUAUCUUACUACUCGGUCAAUACUCGGUACCUAUUUAGUUUGAAAAGAAUUUUCUUCCCAGAAUAUCUCUAUUGCAUUUUAUUAUGAACUAUAUGAUUUUAAUUACAAAACCAUUAAUUACUUCUUCAUUCUUCAUAAAGAUCUGUUUAGAUAGAUUUUUUUAGUUUUAUAUUUAAAUAAAAAUAUUCAUAGGUAAUUAUGUAGUCUUUGUACUCAUUUAUAGUACUCAAAAUGUAUUAUCUCAUUGUGAUUAAUUCCAGAUUUAUAUCUAUCUAACUUUAUACAUUUACAUUAUAUUUAUUUUAUUAAUUGUUUUUUUAUUACAGUACUCCUGGUGGAAAUUCAAAUAGUGCCUGUGAACUGACAUGCUCAUUAAUAUUAUCAUUGGCUCGGUAAGUUAAUAUUUUAAAAAACUGUAUUGAUAGGUAUAUAUAAACUUUGAUCUUUAAAAUUUAAAUAUAAAUAUACACAAUGAAAGAAGACUGUAGAAUCAGCAUGAAAAUUAUUUGUGACAUUUUAGACAUGAUAUGUUUUAAAAUUAAUUGUUUUUCAAAUCAGCUAUUUUAUGUUGUUAAUACACACUAUAUAGUUAAGUAAAGUUGAAUUUUAAACUAUUAUAUAUAUAACUAAAAUAUUAUGUUAUAUAAAAUACUACAAGGACCUAAUUGUCCAAUUGAACAUACCUAUAUAUAUCCAACUGAAAAAAAAAUAUAUAAAUUUGAUCUGUAUUACAAUAUGUUUGAGGUCAAAAUAGAAAUCAAAUUACACGAUUCUCAACACAAUUUUGUUACAUACAUUUCUAUAUUAGAUUUUAGAUGAUUCAAUAAUUAUACAUUUAUUAUAGAACAGAAAAGAUGAACGGGCCCAUAUACUACACUUCAAAACUGAAUUUCUAAAAGGUAGCCUUACAGGAUUUUUUUUUUAUUAUAUUAUUAUAAAUAUAGUUCAUUUUUGAGAUAAUUUGGCAACACAGAUAAAAUAAAAAGGAAGACAUGUUAAAUUAAAUUAAAUUUAUUCAUUUUGGAUAGUGAGAAAAUAUUUAAAAAUUCUGUUUUUAAUUGGUCAAAUUAAAUUGGUAUGGGCCAUCCUUUGCGGAAUAGCUAAUUUUUGUAUAUAUAUAUAAUUUAGCAUCUUUAGAUUUAUUUCUAUAAUUAUAAUUAUUAUUAAUCUAAAACAUGAUUCGUAUGUAUUUCAUCAAAUGAAAUCUGAUAAUUAAUAUUGCAUUACUAAUGUAAUUUAAUAGGUUACAUAAUAUAUUUAUUAAAUGUAUCAAUUUCUACUAGUGUUUCCUUUAGUUUGAUUUUUAGUAAGAUUAAUUUCUUUUUAUGUCUAUAAAUAAAAAAAAAUUUUCAUUUAGAAAUGUACCUCAAGGCUGCCAAUCUUUAAAAGAAGGAAGAUGGGAUAGAAAGCUCUACAUGGGGACUGAAAUUAAAGAAAAAAUAAUUGGUAUACUUGGGUUAGGUAGAAUUGGCCGUGAAGUAGCAUUUAGAAUGCAAGUAUUUGGGAUGAAAGUAUGACAUUAAUAAUAAUAGAAAUUUAUAAUAUAAUAUUAGGUUUGAUGUUUUUUUUUUUUUUAAAUGUAGACUGUAGGAUAUGAUCCGUUUCUUACAAAAGAAGCUGCAGCCGAAUUCGGAGUAGAAUUAUUGAGUUUAGAACAGAUAUGGCCCAUUGUUGAUUACAUAACUGUACAUACUCCAUUGAUUGAACAAACUAAAAGUAUAUUACACUAAAGUUAUUUAUUAUAAAAUUACAAUAAUAUAAAAUGAAUUGAUUUUUAAAUUAGAUUUGAUUAAUGAUGAUGUAUUCAAUAAAUGUAAGAAAGGAAUAAAGAUUAUCAAUGUCGCUAGAGGUGGUAUUGUGGAUGAAGCUGCACUUCUAAGAGCUUUAAAUGUAAGAUAUAAAAUUUAUUCAGGCUAUGGUUUUACAAUAAUUGAUAAAAUAAUGGUUUUAAAUAGGAUGGAAAAUGUGAUGGAGCUGGUUUAGAUGUUUUGACUGAAGAACCACCAAAAAGCACUGAACUUAAAACUCUCAUAUCACAUCCAAAAGUUAUUGCUACUCCUCAUUUGGGUGCUUCUACACAUGAGGCACAAAUUAAAGUAAGUCAAUUAAUUUUAAAUAUUAUCUAUAAACUCAUAUUAAAACAUAUAAACAUAUUAAAAUUGCACAUUGAUAUUGUUUAUAAUCACACACAUAAUGAAUAUUACGAACAUUAUUAUAAAAAUUAUAUACCUAAUUAAUGACUUGUUGAUGUGUGACAAAAUUAACAGGACUUUUUUUUUUUUGUUAUGAUUAAAAUAUUUAAUUAAUAUUAAUAUCUUUAAAAAUAUACAUACUUGAUCUUGUUUUUGUAAAAUGUUUGCAAUUUCUAAGCUUUAUUGUGAAUUUGAAAUGUUCUAAAAUAAAACACUUAAAUAUAUCUAUUAGCUAAAUUUUAAUUCUAAAAAGGGAUACAUUUUUUAUGGUUAAAUUUUAAUAUGCCCAAAUAAUUAAUUUAUCAUUAAAUUCAAGAAUUGUAAAAAUGUAUUCAUGAGAACUGUUGAAUAAUAAUAAAAAUAUAAUAAUUACAUUACGAAUAAUGUAUAUUCAAUAACUAAAAACAUUGUUAUAAUACAUUAUUGCAGGUUGCUGAAGAAGUUGCACAACAAUUUGUUGCAUUAGCUAACCCAAGCAGUAACUAUUCAUUAAGCGGAUUGGUCAAUAAAUUAAAGAAUGGAGUCUAAGAAGAUUUUUUAUGUAAACACUAUUGUUAUUGUACACCUAAUUGAAUUAUUUUAAUUAUGAAACCUUAGUCGUUUUAUUGAACAUUCAAUAUUUGACAUCGAAUAUACUAUCAUAAAAAAACAACUCAUUUAUUAGACUUUAUUUUCUUAAUCUGAAUAAAGUGCAGUAUAUCAAACGGUAUCACAGUUUGUAUAAAAACAAACAAUGAAACAAUAGCAUAUUAGUUUGGAUAUAAAAUAUAAAAUUU